AUGAAUAGCCUGGAGGCAACCCGCGUGCUGACAGUACUGGAGGAGAUGGUCGACAAUCUCCGGUUGAUAUCGUACGUCACUGAGGAGGUGUUGUUCUCAUCAGACCAGCUGCAGGAGGUUUUGGGGGAGGACGUCUGUGACCGGCUGGAGGGCCACGGCGGGGCGCUCACCGCCUGGCAGCGGGCUGCGGCGCAGCUGGGAGAGGCGCCGGGCCAGCAGCAGCAGCAGCAGCAGCAGCAGCAGCAGCAGCAGCAGCAGCAGCAGCAGCAGCAGCAGCAGCAGCAGAAGCAAGGAGAGGAGCAGGGACAGGGACAGGAGCAGUUGCAAGAGGAGCUGGGGGCGGCGGCCGUGAAGACCGCUCUGGCCCUUCUCCGCGCGCUCCGGGCGUCGCCUGAGGCAGAGGUGCACCUGUCGUCGCUGCGGCCAGAGCGCUCUGAUGCGGCCAUGCAGGCCCUGGAGGUCUUCGGCAAGAUGGUGGGCCAGGUGCGCAGGCGCCUUGGCACCACUGUGGAAGAGGAUGCGUCGCGGCGCGAGCACCAGGGCGUACUGCGUGAGCGCCACGAGCGCGCGGCUGCGGAGAAGCUGCAGCUGGAGCACAAGGUGCGCGCGGGCUCACGGGCUCGAUGCCAGGGGGCAGGCCAGCAGCAGCAGCAGCAGCACCAGCAGCAGCAGCAGAAGCAGCAGCGGCAGCAGCAGCUGAAGCUCCAUCGCCUGGAGCGCGCGCGGCAGCUGGGGAUCCUUCAGGCCGCUCAGGAUGCGGCCGCAGGGGAGCUGUCCGCCCUUCAUGUUGAGAGCAACGCGUCACGCGGUACAGCAGAGAGCAGCACCGCGGCCCAGGUUGCGGCGGCUGAGGGCGCCUUCAGGGAGCAGCACGGCGCACUCAGCAAGGAGCUGGACGCGGCACAGCGCGAGCUGGCGUCUUUGCGCGAGGACACGCGCGCCACCGCCGCUGCCGCCCGCAAGGCGCGCCGCCGCGCGGAGGGCGACUGUGAGGCGGCAAUUGCUGAGUACGACGGGGAGGCCGCCCUAGGGGAGCUGGAGGCGCUGCGCCGCGAGCGCGCCGCACACGAGGAGGCGCUGCGGGCGGCGGCGGCCGAGGCGCGGCGCCGCGAGAUGGCGGAGCUGCGGCGCGAGGCGGCCGCGUACGCCAUACAGAACGCGUGGAAGGUCAUGAAAAAGCGGCGCGCAGCGGAGGCCAAGGCCAAGGGCGGCAAGGGCGGGAGCGCCAAGAAAUCGGGCAGCGCCACCAAGAAGAAAUGA